UACUUCAAGAAAUAUUAAUAAUUAUUUUAUACCAGAUUUUAUAGAUGUCACAGCGUUCACACUGAAGACUGAAAAUGAGCCAGCAGACUGAACGACUGACUCUAAUAAUUAGCAUAUUUAAAUAAAUGAAAAAAUGCGCCGUCGUAAUUUUAAUUACUCAAUAAAACUCAGCUAUGCACCCACUUAUUUUGAGUAAUAGUUUUAUGAGUCAGUUUACAUUCAAUAAAUAGUGCAUAAGUCCUAUAAUAAUAAUUUAUUGAUAAUCGGUUUGUGUAACAGUUACUAUGCUGUUUAAAUAUUGUCCAUUGAUUUUCCUAUUUAACCGCUAUGUUGCUGGUGGUAUUGAUAUGUUAUUUUUCAAUCAUGGAUUUAAUUUCCUAAAUGAUGAGCUAAAUUGCACUGCGGUGGAAAAGUUCAAUACGAGUACCCGAUGGAUAAAGCAAAAAAUAGACAAUUUCAAUACUAAAGAUGGAAGAGUAUGGAAAAUGAGAUAUUUCGAGAGAUUGAGUUUCUAUAAACCAAAUGGUCCAAUUUAUUUAUUUUUGGGGGGUGAAGAUGAGGUAUGUCCGCUGUGGGCAGCAAAGGGUAUAAUGUAUGAAUUGGCAAAAGAAACAAAUGGUGCCAUGUACGUCUCUGAACACAGAUACUACGGUAAAAGCAUACCAUUAAAUGGAACUGAUGCUGAAGCAUUCAAAUAUUUAAGUGCUAGGCAAGCCUUAGCAGAUAACGCAAAUUUAUUAAAAACUAUUAAAAGUAAAUCUCAAUAUAAAAAAUCGAAGGUCGUCGUUAUUGGAGGAUCCUAUCCCGGCAACCUUGCCGCGUGGAUGAGGUUGUUAUAUCCCAAUUUAGUCGACGCGGCACUCGCCAGUAGUGCACCAGUUUUAGCGAAAAUGGACUUUUAUGAAUACUUGGAAAAGGUUAAUGACAAUUAUGAACAGUACGGUACAAAGAAUUGUUUAGCAACUAUUAGAAAAAUAUUCAAGAGAUAUGAGAAGCUAAUGCAAAGUCGCGAAGGGAUCGAAGAAUUGAAGAGGGAAGAGAAUAUUUGUGAAAAAUGCGAUAUGACUUUGGCAGAAAAUCAGCACACAUUCUUUAUGUCUAAAGCCUACGUAUUCAAAAAUAAUUCCCAAAACGGUAGAAUAGAACAUAUAAAAAAUCACUGUGAACGUUUACUAAAUUCAUCAAAAACUGAAACUACCGGAGAAAAUUGUACCUGCUAUGGUUUAGAUGCAAUGAAUGGUUUAUCCGUCAACGAUAAAAAUAAUACUUGGAAUUUACCGUGGACUUAUCAAACUUGUAAUGAGUUCGGAUACUUUCAGACAACGUCGUCUUAUGAGCAACCAUUUAAAAAUUAUAUACCUCUUGAAUUUUACAUCAGAAUAUGCCAGAAACUGUUCGGCCCUGAGUUUGAUGAAGAGAGAGUAAACAAAGGAGUAGCUGAAGUUAACAAUUUGUAUGGAGGCUUAAACCCAAAUGUUACUAAUGUUGUUUUUAGUAACGGAGAUCUAGAUCCUUGGAGCACUCUUAGUAUUUUGAAAGAUUUGACACACAAUGCCCCAGCUGUAGUAAUACCUAGAUCAUCCCAUUGUAGGGAUUUGCUAUCGAACGAACCUGAUGAUAUCGAAGAAUUAAGGGAUGCUAGGAAGUAUAUUAAAAAAAUAAUUAAAAAAUGGAUAGGGGUUACUGUUUGGUAAUUAAGUUUCAUUACUUUUUAUUAAAUGUACAGAUGAUAAAAUAUAAUCGUUGUGUCAUUAGUUUUUUCACCUCUAUUCUUAUUCUAUUUUAUACCUGUUAAUAAUGUAGAAACCAUGAUUGUAUACUGAAUACAAAUUAUAAGUAAGUAAAUUAUUUACCGAAACUUGAGUAAAAAUAAUAAUAAUAAAACAAGGUAAAAAUA